AAAGUGCGAGCCAUUUCCGGGGCGUGGAGCAGACUUAAUAAUACAGCGACCGGUUCUCGUCUUUUACUCUCUCAACUAAUUUCUUUAGUAAAAAUUUCCCCCCUUUUAACAUCUACAUCACUUUAACGGUCAUGUCUAAAAACACAGGUGCCACUUUGUUUCGCAGCUUCAACGUCGAUGAUUAUGACGAAGAUAAAUACCAAGACGAACAGAACGAAGACCAGAAGGAACAGGGACCGAAUUAUAGCGAAGUCGUGAAUUUCCUCAACGCGGGUAAAAAUUCAGAUGCCUUGAUUCACAUUCUUAACAACCCACCGGCUGACACAAAAGCUUCCAGGGACAAAGCAUCCCAACUGACAACGAAAGUUCUCACAUCAUUCCGAGGCAAUGAUAUGGACACUGCUGUUGAAGGUCUAAAUUCUAAACAGAUAGAUAUGUUGAUGAAAUACAUUUAUAUAGGUUUUGAGUUCUUCUCAGAAGGCAGCAGUGCCAUAUUGCUUACAUGGCAUGAAAAGGUGUUUGCCAUUGGAGGUUUGGGCUCAAUAAUCCGUGUGUUGACAGAUCGCAGCAGAGUGUAACAGCAAGCCUUGUCAGUUGUUGCUAGCACUGAACAGACAACAGCUCUUCUGAUAGAUAUAUCGCGAUCUUUCUGUGUUGCUCAGCCAACAUUCAGGAUCUGCAUAAGGAAAAGAAGCACAACUAUAUAUAUACAUAAAUACGUACAAACAUACAUGCAUACGUACUUACAUAUAUACAUACAUAUACAUACACACACAUGUACGAUUAAAAAUGUGUACAGUUCCCCAAUCUGUUAAAACUAUUUAAGGAAGCUUCGCAAAGCAACCUAAUAGUAUUGGAACAUCUACAGUAAAUAUAUUUUUCCCUUUAUUAUUUCUUUUUUAUAUAUUUCAUUUAUUUUAGUUUCUUGUAUUUAAUUUUAAAUUUUUUUUUUGGUAUAAAGCUUCUUUAAUUAUAUUUGUUUUUUUUGUUUUUUUUUUAACAUUUGCAUAUGAAGGAUAUAAUUUAGAAUUUCUGUUUAAUCCUUAUCUAGAUACUUUUUUAUUUAUUUACGUAGUCAUUUUUUUUUUUUGCUUUCUUUUCUUUUAUUAGCUAAUUAGUUAAUUUUGGUUUGUUCAGUAGGUGGGGGUACGUGUGGAAUAAUGAUCCAACCAUUACAAACAAAAAAAGCAAAAACAAAAGAAAGAAGAAGCAAAAAAAAAUGCAUACCACCAAAGAUGUACCUUUUGCAAUGAAACUAUUGAUUCAAGAUGUUAGAAAGUCAUUUUUUAUUUUUUUAAAUAAAAAGCUAUAAAGAAAAAAAAA